CGGUCCCCGCGGGACGGUCCCGUCAGGCCGCUCAGCCGAGCGCCGAGAUGAGCCUGGCCGAGGGCCGCGCCCCGCGGAGAACGGCCGGGAAUCGCCUCUCGGGGCUGCUCCAGGCCGAGGAGGAGGACGAGUUCUACCAGACCACCUACGGCGGCUUCAACGAGGAGUCCGGUGACGACGAGUACCGCGGGGAGCACUCGGACAGCGAUGACGAGGUGGACUCGGACUUCGACAUCGACGAGGGCGACGAGCCGGGCUCGGAGCAGGACGAGGCCGAGCCCCGGCGCCGCCGCCGCGUCCUCACCAAGGCCUACCGGGAGCCGCUCAAGAGCCUGCGCGCCAAGAAGGCGGAGGGGCCGCGGGGAGGAGCGCAGAAAGGCCGGGAGGUGAAAUCCGUGCCCCUGGAGCUGCAGGAGGAUGUGGGAGACAGCAGGAAGCACAUGCGCCAAUCCACCACGGAGCACACCCGGCAGACGUUCCUGCGGCUCCAGGAGCGCCAGGUGCAAUCCAAGAGGAAAAAGGGAGGCACCAGCUACGAGCGGCCCCUGACCCAAGAGGAGCUGCUGGAGGAGGCCAAGAUCACUGAGGAGAUCAACCUGCGCUCCCUGGAGAACUACGAGCGCCUGGAGGCCGACAAGAAGAAGCAGGUGCAGAAGAAGAGGAAAAUCGUGGGCCCCGUGAUCCGUUACUGGUCCCUGACCAUGCCCCUGCUGCCCGAGCCCGGCCGCGACGACCCCGUGGACGUGGAGGGGCUGGACCCCGACUCCCACCCCACCACCGCCCCGCCGUCCCCGGGGAAAUGCUCCCGCACCUUCAUCUCCUUCAGCGACGACGCCACCUUCGAGCGCUGCUUCCCCAAAUCCAAACCUCCGCGGCUGCCGGUGCGGGAGCUGUGCCCGGUCACCCACAAACCGGCUCUUUACCGGGACCCCAUCACCGACAUCCCCUACUCCAACGCCCGCGCCUUCCGCAUCAUCCGCGAGGCCUACAGGAAAUACAUCACGGCCCACGGGCUGCCCAGCGCCGCCGCCGCCGCCAUGGCCGCGCCCGGGGACAGCCCCGGGGCGCGCCCGGGGAGGCAGAAAAUCGUCAUCAAGCAGAGCGUUCCCAGCGCCUGAAAUCUGGGAUUUGGGAUGUUGGGGGGUUGGGAUUUCAGGAUUGACGGCGGUGAUGGAUUUGUUGAGGGGUUUCUCAUCCAAAAUGGUGGAAAACGGUCAUGAGACAAAGUGUUCCCAGAUUCUGAAAUCCUGGGAUUCUGGGGUAUUGGGAUAUUGGGUUGUUGGGAUGUUGAGAUAUUGGGAUUUCAGGAUUUGGGAUGUUGGGAGACGGUGUCAUCAACACCGGUGGUUUCGUUGAAGGAUUUCCAUCCAAAAUGGCGGAAAACGGUCAUGAAGCAAAGUGUUCCCAGUGCCUGAAAUCCUGAGGUUUUGGGGUGUUGGGAUUUUGGGAUUUGGGAUCUUGGGAUGUUGGGAUUUCAGGAUUUGGGAUAUUGGGAGAUGGCGUCAUCAACAGCGAUGGUUUUGUUGAAGAGUUCUCAUCCAAAAUGGCGGAAAACGGUCAUGAGGCAAAGUGUUCCCAGUUUCUGAAAUCCUGGAAUUCUGGGGUGUUGGGAUUUCAAGAUUUGGGAUCUUGUGACGUUGGGAUUUAGGGGUGUUGGGAUUUUGGGAUUUCAGGAUUUGGGGCGUUGGGAGAUGGCGUCAUCCACAGCGAUGGUUUCGUUGAAGAGUUCUCAUCCAAAAUGGCGGAAAACGGUCAUGAAACAAAGUGUUCCCAGUGCCUGAAAUCCUGGGAUUCUGGAGUUCUGGGAUUUUGGGAUUUUGGGUUGUUGGGAUAUUGGGAUUUCAUGAUUUGGGAUGUUGGGAGAUGGCAUCGUCAACAGCGAUGGUUUUGUUGAAGGGUUCCCGUCCAAAAUGGCAGAAAACGGUCAUGAAGCAAAGUGUUCCCAGUUUCUGAAAUCCUGGGAUUCUGGGGUGUUGGGAUUUCAAGAUUUGGGAUUUUGGUGUAUUGGGAUUUGGGGUAUUGGGAUUUUGGGAGAUGGGAUCAUCCACAACCAUGGUUUCGUUGAGGAAGGCACACCAAGGACGUCAAAAAAUCACCAAGAAUUGCCCAAAAUCCCAGUGCCCGAAAUCCCAGGAUUUUGGGAUGUUGGGGUUUAGGGAUAUCAGGAUUUGGGAUUUAGGGAUAUCAGGAUUUGGGAUUUAGGGAUAUGGGAUCUUUGGGAAUGAUGUUUUUUUGGGGGGUCACUGUUCACCAGGGGUGUUGGAGGAGGAAAUAAAACGGAGUUGGGGGUUGGUUUGUGUGGGGUGGUGGGAGAUCCCACAAAAAUUUGGGAUGGGAGCCACUUUUUCCAGGAAAUCCUACAGAAAAUUUGGGGUGGGAUCCCUUUUUCCAGGAAAUCCUAUAGAAAAUUUGGGAUGGGAGCCCCUUUUAGAGGAAAUCCUACAGAAAAAUUGGGAUGGGAUCCCUUUAUUUUCGAGGAAAUCCUAUAAAAAAUAUGGAAUGGGAUCCCUUUUUCCAAAGAAAUCCUACAAUCAACAAACUUCACGAACCCUUUAUUUUCCAGGACACCCUACAAAACUCUUUAUGGGAUCCCCUUUUUCCAGAAAAAUCCUAAAAUAAACUUUAUGGGAUCCCCUUUU